CCAUCCUUCCCAAUCUUGACUUGCAUCCUUGCUUUUCCCCUUUAGCCAUGACUAGGAAAAAGGUAAAACUGGCUUUCAUAACUAAUGAUUCGGCAAGAAAAGCAACCUAUAAGAAAAGGAAGAAGGGUCUGCUGAAGAAGGUAAGCGAACUCAGCACCCUUUGCGGUGUUGAUGCUUGUGCAAUUGUAUAUAGUCCAUAUGAAUCUGAACCUGAGGUUUGGCCUGGCCCGGUGGGAGUUCAACUCGUGAUUUCACGGUUCAAAAGAAUGCCAGAAAUGGAGCAAAGCAAGAAGAUGGUGAAUCAGGAGGGCUUCAUCAAGCACAGGAUUGCCAAAGCCAAUGAACAGCUGAGGAAACAAUGCAAGGAAAAUCGGGAGAAGGAGAUGACUGAGGUGAUGUACCAAUGCUUGACUGGAAGAGGUAUACAGGACCUGAUGAUGGCGGACUUGCAUGAUCUGGGGUGGCUUGUUGAUCAGAAUGUAAAGAAGAUUGAGAAAAGAAUUGAAUUUCUCAAGAAAAUGGCUCCUCCUCAACAAGCUAAGCCGCCAACAACACCACCAGGGGAACCAUCAAUGCCUGUGGAUGGGAUUCCAAGGACUGGCUGGUUCAACCAGUGGAUGAAUAACCCUGGUCAAAACAAGGGUUCUGGUUCUGGGAAUGAGAUGACUAUGAAAUUCCAUGAGAAUCACAAUUUUAUGUGGUCUAGUGCCUUUUUUCCUUGAAAAAUCAUGCAUGGAUGUUGUCUUGUAGAAUUCUCUGAGGUUUUCAUCUCUGGUUUAAUUAGUGUUGCAAUGUCAUAAAGUUUGUUAAGUUAGUGUUUGUGGGUGUUCUUCUUGGUGUAAUGUAUAUGUGGGGAAGGAGCCUAUGUUCUAUUUUCUACCUGAAAAUGCUUGGGAUUCAAGCCCAAGUACA